UUAAUUUUAAUGAUCUGUCGAUUCAUCACUUCAAUGCUCAAUCAUCACAAUCAUCACAACCACCACAACCACCACAACCACCAUCUUCAUUAAUUCAUCAUCGCAUCGAUGAUUCUGCCCAUCAUAUUUUGAAUUCAUAUCAAUUUCGAUAUUUAUCAGCCUUAAACUCAAAUCAAACUCAAACUUCAACAAUGACGCUUGCUAAUCCAUAUGCUACUGCUACACCUACUCCUGAUAUAGUAGCUACUAAUAAUAUUUUUCAUACUACACCGUUAAGUUCAACUGGUUAUUGGGGAAUACCACCGCAUGCCGAUCUCGCACAAUGGACUUCUUUUAUGGAGGCACAACAAAACAAUAAUCAUUUUUCUGGUCAUACAUCAACAACCACUUCCGGUGAUGGUAGUCAUCACAGAGUUCAAAUUUCACAGCCCAAUCCUGACACGGUACCUUCACAACCAUAA